AUGCAGUCGAUGAUCAUUCUUGCCGCUUCCCUCUGCCUGGCUCAUGCUUCAUACUAUGCCGGCCCACCAGCACCCAUCCAACUGAGCCAUGACGGUAAAUAUGUGCUCGACACACCCGAGGUGGCUCACGCUAAAGCCGCCCAUUUAGCUGCACAUGCCCAGGCUAGCACCGCACAUGGAGCGUGGGCGCCGUCCGCUGGAUACAUCGCAGGACCAGUUUACGGAGACGCUGGACAUUAUGGCGCACCUGGUGCUGGACUCGCCAAAUACGGCCCUGCUCCUCUCGCUCACGAUGGUCGCGUCAUUGACACUCCUGAGGUCGCCCACCUGAAGGCCGCUCACAUCGCCGCCCACUCCGCCGCCGCCGCUAAGGCCGCUCACGGUGCCUACGCUGGCAUCGGAGCCGGAUACGGCGCUGGUUACGGUGCUGGUGUCGGUGCUGGAUACGGAGCUGGCUACGCCGGCGGAUACGGCAAAUGGACCGGUCCUCAAGCCAACAUCCAACUCACCCAUGACGGCCAAUACGUUGUAGACACCCCUGAGGUCCAACACGCGAGGUCGGCUCAUCUCCACCAGUAUGCUGCCGCCGCUCAGGCAGCAGCGGCCGCGCCCGAAGGACCCUGGGAAGGCCAUGGAGCUCACGGAUGGCACUGA